AAAAAAGGAUUUCCGAUCUGGAAACCCGCCGUGAAGCUCGUCGUAAACAACCCGCUCCCGUGCGCUGUGCGCCGGGUAUUACCGGAUAUAAAGGGGGCUCCGGUGCGCCGGUAGCCCGGAGGAGAGACGGGCAGCAUGGUGAAGUGUGUCGUCUCUGGGUGUCCGAAUCGCAUGGUGAACGUAAACCGGGGGAUCUUCAACCGUCAACCGAAGAGGUUCUUUAAGUUCCCGAAGGACCCGGCUCGGGUCAAGGUGUGGCUGGCGGCGCUGAGGGAGACAGACAAGCAGGACGCGACAGAGCAGCAUUUAAUCUGUGAGGACCACUUCCUGCCGGAGGACGUGUCCACCAGCGGGGUCAGCAGCGACGCCAUCCCCAUCAUGCCCCCUUACCUGGACGGGCCCCUGGGCCUGAUCAGCCCCUGGGGAGCCGAGUCCUCGGAGGAAGAGGAGCAGUGGGCCGCCGGAGGCUGCGAGGAGGAGGAGGAGGCGGAGGCGGCAGUGGAAAAUGAAGGAGGAGAUGAUGAUGCUCCUCCUGCAGCAGACACACCUGCACAACAGGAUCCAGGUGGAGGUUUGGAAAACCCUCCAGAGCCUGAGAAGACCAGUGCUGCGCUGCAACAGAGGAAUCCAUCGGUCCAGUCCAAGAAACUCAACAGACAUGACGUGUCUCUGGCGAUGCUGACUCAGCGUUUCCUGGACCUUCUGCUGGCGGCGCCGGGCGGCUCUCUGGACCUGAGAGAGGUGACCACGAGCCUGCGGACCCGCAGACGGCGAGUCUACGACAUCACCAACAUCCUGGAGGGCAUCGACCUCAUCCGGAAGGAGUCGGCCAACAGGGUGAAGUGGACGGGAAAGUGUCGGAUCUCCAGCUUUCUGCGGAAGAACCAGCAGAAGUUCCAGAGAGAGCUGCAGAACCUGAAGCUGGUGGAGGACGCGCUGGACGGCCUCAUCAAAAACUGCGCCCAGCAGCUGUUCGACAUGACCGACGACGCGGAGAACGCCGCGUCGGCCUACGUGACCCACGAGGACGUCUGCCGGCUCAGAGCCUUCCAGGAGCAGACGGUGGUCGUCGUCAAAGCUCCAGAGGAAACUAAACUGGAGAUUCCUGCACCCAAAGAGGACAGCAUCCAGGUCCACCUGAAAGCGGGGAAGGGUCCCAUCGUGGUGAUGGCCUGCGAGGUGGGAUCAGGAGACGCCGUGACCUCUGACCCCGGAGAGAGAAGCGGCUUCUUUUUAACGCUGGAGGAGAGCCGGAUCAGGACGAGCGCGCUGCGCACAGAGUCUUCAGGUCCACAGAGCGCCGUGCAGAGUGCGUAGCCGCCGGCGGACCACCAGGAGGCGCCAGCUGUGCUCAGGGUUCAGUCACACACCUGGAGACGUGACGAGAAGCCCGAUUGGCUCGUCUGCAGGUUCCAACGGGUCCUGCGCACGCGCCUGGAACAGGUUUCUGUCCACCGUCCACCAGUCCGAAGCAAUAAAAGGGCGAAACAAGAGAGGCAAUAAACCGUAAAACCACUACAUUUCAUUUGCACCAAUAAAACAAAGUUUUAAAUGAACUCCUGAUCCGACUGAGUCCAGCUGGACCGGGACUUACUUUUUGAGAUGAAGCGAUGCGCCACACAGCGGCGCCUCUGACGGUUUGAUAACGUCCUGACUGACGUUUGCUGUGAGAUGUUUUGUUUUUGUACUCUGCGUUUGUGUUUUCGUCUCGUCUUUGUGUUUUGCAUUUUAAAAUGUUGUCAGCCUGGUUUGACACAAGAUGCUGUAACCAAUAAAACAGUAACGUGUAC